AUGUCUUCAAGCAUCAACGACAACAUCAACAACCAGACACCCGAGCCCAAGUCUUGGCAGGCCUGCUUCGACAGCGAUAACACAGAAACCUUCGUGACACUGCCUUGCGACCAUCCCUGGUGCCGCGACUGCAUCUCUCAGGUCUGCACUCAAGUGCGCAACGAGCGCGACUGGCCCGUGAUAUGCGACGAAGGCUGCACUAUCCCCGAAGAGAUUGCACUGGAGACUCUGCCUGAAUUCGAAGCCACGCAUCUGAAGGAGAAGUUGCGAGAGCUGAAAAUGCCUGUCCACGAGCACUAUUACUGCGCCAACAGAGACUGUGGAGAGUUUAUCGCGACGGUCGCCAUCGACCCCUUGGCUCGCUGUGGAGAGUGUGGCUGCAAGACAUACAAGCAGUGUCGUGCACUCGAGCACGAGGGUGAUUGUGAAGGACCCAGCCAAGAAGACGAACAAGCACUCGCUCUCAUCAAGAAGGAAGGAUGGGCAGAAUGCUCGAAGUGCAGCAGAGUGAUAGAAAGGGGACAAAGAUGUCCUCACAUGACCUGUUACUGUGGCUAUGAGUUUUACUACCACUGCAAAGGUCCCAUCCUCGCCUGCAACGGAUGCGGGCAUUUGGAGCCAGACAACAGACCAGCAGCUCAAGCCCCAAUUGCAGCAACACUCAGACGCGUGCAGCAAGAAAACCAGAACCCAUUCGAAAUGAUACAGACCUCAAUCUUCUCUUUGAGGAUCUCCGCUCCUCCUGACUCGGCUUUUGGUUUGACUCGAUGGUUUAACGACCGACUCCACGAAGACGGUUAUCGCGGCCCUAGGGUAUUCUUUACUGCCGAUCGGUCUGCCCAUUUCAUCCCUGGAGACGUACCUGGUAUUGCGGGGCUUGAGGUCUCCGACAACAUGCUGUUUUCGCUUUUUGGCACUGCUCGGUUGGAGGUGCAGCCUGAUGGUACUUCUCCCUGUUCGACGCAGAGGAGGAAACCGAGCAGGACGACCAACAGGGUGAUGACGAGGAUGAGGACUGGGAUAUGUGAAGGCACAGUCAGGAGGUUGUACUUGGGGGUUGAGCUUUUUUUCUCUGUUACUCGGUCCUUCUGA